CACAAACAAGCAGUUUUCUGUUCUGCUGCGAUAGCGAUCGCAAUGAAAGGUCAAGUCUCUUCUCUCGCCGUUCUUUCUCUGUGGAUGAGCUUCGGCAGUGUGAGUGCCGCAUUGGAGGAGCCUAAGAUUUGCUACAUCCUGGAUGGUAUUCUUUUCUUUUAUGGAAUCCUUCUCACCAUUCUCUACUGCAGACUCAAGGUGAUGAAGGAGGCUGAGAAGAGCAGUUCCUACAGUGUGAAGAAAGCAGCUACAGAGGGGGUUUAUGAAGGGUUGGCUCCUCGUGAUCAGGACACUUAUGAAACCAUACAGAUGAAAAAAACAGGCCAGUGAGAGAGGAGGAAAACAGAGGAGAUUAAAAACGUGACAAUAACACCUUUCUCAGGGGCUUCCCGACCUCUGUGCAUCAUCGCUCUGUGGCUGGACAUCUAAGCUCUUCCUCAGUAUUGAUAACUAGUAAACGUCAUGUGUGUCUUUUAAGACGCCGCAUGCAUAGGAACACAUGUCUACUGCUACUGUAAUAUGUUACCCAAUGUCUUCGUCCUGUACUUUCUGAUAUGCUUAUGUAACUAUUGUAAAGUCCAAUGAAGUAGCUAAUAUGCCAGUAACUUGCCCAGUAAGAACUGUGUAUACUGUAAACUGUGUAAAUUCUUUUAUUUAUUCCUUUUAAUGAACUGGAGGACUCAGUUCUCACUGAAACAGCAACCUCCUACCCUGACUAAUCAGGCUUUGAACACGGAAAUGUAUAAUGUAUAUUGAUACAUAAACUAUUCAUAAAUCUUAGUUAGUAAACCCUUAAGUCAUGGUUUU